GUGAAGACUCAAGACACAUCAAGAUGGAAAAAUCAAGUCAAACGAUUGACUCGUACAAAAAAGCGAUUUAAUUUACCUUUAUGGGAAAAUUAAGUGUUUGAAAAUAUUAUGGUUAUUUAUAAACAUUUAAUAUAUCAAACUUACGCCACGGAUUUAGUAUUAAAGAUUAAUGUUUGGGUAGAGGCUAACUACGAUAUUCAAUUACAUGCUUGCCUACUGCAUUGCAAGUGAAAAAUAUAACUUAUUAAAUUAGAUUCUUCGUUUAUAAUAACGUUAUUUUAUAAAUAUUAUAUUCAAAGCACAGUUACCAAAAUGGCAAGUGAGAAACAUAAAGAAUUGGCUCAGUAUAUUAAAGAGGUGCAUGCUAACUUGAGAAAAAAUGCAGCUAAACUCGGGCCAAAUAAUGCUUGGAUGUUGCAUACUAAAAACGAAGAGGUAUUAUUGACGUAUGCUAAAUAUAUGCAGGAGCUAGCUACAACAUAUUGGGAAAAAAACUCUGCCAAUGAAUCUUGUUUAGCAUCCUCACGAAUUGAAUGGUCAGUCAAGCUAUGCACUAAUUAUUUUGCUAACAAAGAAUAUAUUAAAUAUCGUGAGCGGGAUAUAGCUAUCAGCAAAAAACUCAACCUAACAUUAAACUUUGUUGAUUUAUUUCAAGAUCCUCUAAUGCUCUUGGAUGUUGGAAGCUGUUAUAACCCAUUUAGGGCUUAUAAGUUAUUUCAUGUCCUAGCUGUAGACUUAUGUCCUGCUAAUGACUAUGUUAAAAAAUGUGAUAUUUUGGAAGUUAAUAUAGGAAAUGAAACAAUUAUACAUGAUAAUACUGUUAUGCAGUUAAAAAAGGAGUCCUUUAAUAUAAUUACAUUUUGCUUUCUUUUAGAAUACCUUCCUAGUUCAGAGUUACGCAUAAAGGCAUGUGAAAAUGCCUAUAAAUUACUUAUACCAGAAGGAGUCCUCAUAAUAAAUACGCCAGAUUCUAAACAUGUUGGUGCUAAUUGUAAACUAAUGAAAUGUUGGCAAUACACAUUAGCAUGUCUAGGUUUUACUAGAAUUAAAUAUGAAAAAUUAACACACAUGCAUUGUAUGGGAUUUAGAAAGGCACUACACAAGGAUGUAGCUUUCCGGUGGGCCACGAUACAUAGGAAAGCAGAUACAGAUUUUGCAAUGAAAAUACCUCAAGAUUUUAUAAAAAGAGAACACAAAAUUUGGCAGUCAAAAGAUUUAAAAUUAUUGUUGUUAUGA